AUGACUUCUCAGCGAUCAGAAGAAUCUUUGCAGGGCAAAAAGGAAGAUAUCGUGGAGGUUAACGCAACUGAUCUCCUCCAACCUUUACGUCUCCAACUUGAUACUGGCAAGGGAUAUACCAAAUUUCGUCAAAAAUGGUGGCAGUUGUGGUUACCUAAGGACCCGCCAUAUCCAGCUCCCCCGUCUCUGGAGGAUGCAGCGCUAACGCCGUUGGCCAACGCCUCCAUCUUUUCUCAGCUCACGUACUCCUGGGUAACGGGUAUAAUGGUUCUCGGAUAUCAACGUACAUUACAAGCGUCUGAUUUAUACAAACUAGACACAUCCAGAGAGUCGGCUGUCCUUGCUGCCAAACUUGAAGCUGCAUGGCAGCGGCGUAUUAGGGCAGCAGCCGACUGGAAUGCACGUCUUGAGAGUGGAGACCUCAGACCAUCUCUUUUCAAGCGUACGGGCUGGGCCUUGAGUGCAAUUUCCAGGAAACAAGGCACGAAUUGGUCUGAGCAACGUGCAGCGUUUCAGCAACAUUGGCGAGAAUCCGCUGGGAGGAAAGAGGCCAGUCUUACUUGGGCCUUGAACGAUGUAUUUCUUAGUAUGUUCUGGAUAGGAGGUGCAUUCAAGGCAUGGGUCUUUGGCGAUACGAUACAGCUCAUGGGUCCUGUUGUCCUUCGGCAAAUCAUCGUUUUUGCGGAGGAGCGUUCUGCUGCAAAUACUGCCGGAGAACCUGUGCCUAAUAUUGGUCGUGGUAUUGCCAUGGCCAUUGGGCUCUUUGCGCUUACCUUGACGGCCAGCAUUUGCAACCACCAGUUCUAUUGGCGUUCAAUGUCGACAGGCGUACUGGCUAGGGCCGCACUGAUAACAUGCAUUUAUGAGCGUGGAGUAAACCUCACAGGCAAAGCACGUGUCAAACUCAGCAACGCCGCGUUGGUCAACCAUAUUUCGACAGACGUGAGCAGGAUUGAUGCAGCUGCUCAAUGGUUGCACAUGUCCUGGACCGCGCCUAUUCAAAUCAUAGUUUGUUUGAUCAUUCUCUUGACCCAGCUUGGGCCAUCUGCUCUUGCUGGUUUCUCGCUAUUCGCCCUCAUGAUUCCACUUCAACAGCAGUCAAUGGCACUGCAGCACCGUAUUCGCUUAGAGUCGAUGAAAUGGACUGAUCAGCGAGCCAAGGUCCUGCUAGAGGUACUCGGGGCCAUACGCGUUGUCAAGUACUUCUCAUACGAGAUCCCAUUCCUUCAAAAAAUAUCUGAGCUUCGAAAGAAGGAACUGCGUGGUGUUCGAUGGAUUCUUCACGCGAAUUCGGCGAACUUGGCACUCGCUUGUUCGGUCCCAGUCCUUGCCGCUACACUAGCUUUCGUCACGUACACCCUUACGGCACACAACUUCAACGUUGCCAUCAUAUUCAGCUCGUUGAGUUUGUUCCAGCUUCUCAGGCAACCGAUGCUCUUUCUGCCUCGCGCUCUAUCAGCUAUCCCUGAUGCAUCUAGCGCAAUUCAGCGGCUCACGCACGUGUUCCACGCAGAGCUUAUUUCUGGAGAUACACUUGUGAUCGACAAGGACCAAGAACCUGCGCUUCUGCUUGAAGACUGGCCCACCCAGCGACGGGAGUUCACCAAAGGGGGCAAGGACAGGAGCAUGACGGAGGACAUGAAGAUGGAAAAGCCCGCUCCUGGAAAGGAAGCCCCUCUCUUUAAGGUAAAGAAUGUGACCAUGACCAUCCAACGAGGCCAACUCGUCGCUAUAGUUGGGCCUGUCGGAAGUGGCAAGUCCAGUUUAUUGCAAGGUCUAAUAGGAGAGAUGAGGAAGGUCUCCGGGCAUGUCUCAUUUGGCGGACGCAUUAGUUAUUGCCCGCAGACCGCAUGGAUCCAGAAUACUACGCUGCGUGAUAAUAUCACUUUUGGCCAACGUUUCGAAGAAGACAGAUACUGGCGCGUUGUUGAGAUCGCUUGUCUACUUCCUGAUCUCCAACUGCUCCCAGAUGGGGAUUUGACUGAGAUUGGAGAAAAGGGGAUCAAUCUCAGCGGUGGCCAAAAGCAGAGGGUCAACCUUGCUCGUGCUCUGUACUUUAACCCUGAAGUUGCCAUCCUUGAUGACCCGCUCUCGGCAGUGGAUGCUCACGUCGGAAAAUCGUUAUUCCAAGAUGCCAUCGUGGGUGCCCUGCGAAAUCGUGGCAUUACCGUCAUUCUAGUCACGCAUGCGAUCCACUUCCUCUCGCAAGUAGAUUACAUUUAUACUCUAAACAAUGGCAUCAUUACAGAGAGCGGGACUUACGAGGAAUUAAUCUCCCGCGGUGGAGACUUUGCGCGUCUGGACCUGGAGUUCGGUGGUCAUGUGUCGGAUGAGGAUGAUGAUGGCCAGGCAGAGGAAGUCACUCCGCAAACAGGCAUUACCGUCGAAGAUGUAAAGUUGAAGUCAGAACAAGCCAGAAAAGAGGCUACUGGCAAUGGCAUACUCGAGGGUCGCUUGAUCGUUAAAGAGAGGCGGUCGACAGGCUCUGUGAUCUGGGGAGUAUACUGGACCUAUUUGGUUGCGGGACGCGCUUCAAUAACAGGUCCUCUACUACUUUUCUUCGUCCUUGCGAUGCAGGGAAGCCUGAUCUUGAAUUCGUACGUGCUAGUUUGGUGGGAGAGCAAUAAAUUCGAACGACCAAACUCGUUCUAUCAAACGCUGUAUGGGUGUCUAGGGGUUGCUCAAGCAAUCUUCACAUUCUUCCCUUGUAUCGGAAUGGAUAUAAUUUCUUCUUAUGUAUCUCAAAACCUGCACCACAGGUCCGUACGUAAUGUCUUUCAUGCACCAAUGUCCUUCUUCGACACUACACCUGUGGGCCGAAUCUUGAGCAUUUUUGGCAAAGAUAUCGAUAGUAUUGACAAUCAAUUACCACAGUCGAUGAGAUGGCUGGUCUAUACUCUGUCCACCCUUAUGAGCUCUAUCGCCAUCAUUUCUAUCCUUGAACCAUACUUUGUCAUUGUUGUGUUCUUCAUCGCUCUUGGUUAUAGCUACUUCGCUGCGUUCUAUCGAGCCAGUGCUCGUGAGGUUAAACGCCUGGACUCUAUGCUUCGCUCUCUUCUGUAUUCCCACUUUUCGGAGACUUUGACAGGACUUCCUACCAUCCGAAGCUACGGAGAAAUGAAGCGGUUCAUUGCCGCCAAUAGAUACUACGUUGAUCUGGAGGACAGAGCUCUAUACAUCGUUAUUACGAACCAGAGAUGGCUUGCAAUAAGGUUGGACGUUAUGGGAAGCAUAUUAAUCUUCCUUGUUGCUCUUCUAGCGGUGAUGGACGUCUCCGGGAUAAACGCAGCCCAGAUAGGGUUGGUACUGACGUAUACCACCAUCCUGUCACAAACAUGUAGCCAGUUAACCAGACAAACAGCAGACGUUGAGAAUUACAUGAAUGCAGUGGAACGAUUGGUACAGUACGUCGCAAGCGACACGAUGCCUCAAGAGGCUCCCCAUGAGAUUGAAGAACGAAAGCCCUCAGCGCAAUGGCCCGAACAUGGCGCGGUCGAAUUCAACGACGUUAAAAUGGCAUAUCGGCCAGGCCUUCCCAAUGUAUUGAGGGGAAUCUCAGUCAAGGUCAUGGGAGGCGAAAAGAUAGGCGUUGUGGGACGGACUGGUGCUGGAAAAUCUUCGUUGAUGCUCGCACUGUUUCGAAUUGUCGAGUUGUCUGGCGGUUCAAUCACCAUUGAUGGUGUCGAUAUAUCUACAAUUGGUCUUAAAGAUCUCCGCUCCAAGAUUUCCAUUAUCCCACAAGAUCCUCUUCUAUUUAGCGGGACCAUGCGCUCGAACCUGGAUCCACUUUCCCAUCACAGUGACGCGGAGCUGUGGGAUGCGCUGCAACGGUCUUGUCUGUUUGAUUCUAGCAUCACUUCGAAACAGUCAUGUUCCAUUGAUGGCGUCGGACGCCACAGCCUUGACAGCACCAUCGAAAGCGAGGGAGCAAACCUCAGUGUUGGGGAGAGAUCUCUACUCAGUCUAGCUCGUGCUCUAGUGAAAGACUGCAAAGUCGUUGUGCUUGAUGAGGCCACAGCCUCUGUCGAUCUCGAUACUGAUAACAAGAUUCAACACACAAUCCAAACGGAAUUUCAGGACCGCACACUACUUUGUAUUGCUCACCGACUUCGAACUAUCAUUUCGUACGACCGGAUUCUGGUUCUCGAUGCUGGCCUUGUUGCAGAAUUUGACACACCAUCCAAUCUCUUCCAAAUGGAGGGUGGAAUUUUCCGCAGAAUGUGUGAGAGGAGCAACAUCUCAUUGAAAGAUAUAGAGACAAGUAGAGGGAUUUGA